CGUUUACUAGUUUCCAUCCGACGAGCGAGCGACGGACACAACGCGGGUGUGCGUAUGACUAACUCGAGGACGGAGGAGGAGCAAAGAAGACAAGAUUGUAAAAAAAAAAAAAAAAAAAAAAAAAAAAGUACGGAGGAUACGCAAAGCAGUUGGUGUGUAUGGGUGUGUAUAGAAUAAGGGGAGCAGCGUGUGCCCGUUGCUUCGUGAAUCCGUGAGUGCGUUUAUAUGAAUAUACUUACUCUCGCGGAGGAGGAAGAAGAAGAAGAAGUGCUGACAAAGACGAAAAGCAUAUACAUAUAUACAUAUAUAAAUGUAUAGAGAGGAGGAGGAGAACAUAUAUUAUAAGCAAUAGAGGAUAGUGUAUAAUAAGGGGUGGGUGCGCGCGCGCAGCCUCCCCCGAUCAUCAGCUGCCCUCUAUUCUUCAUCCCCUUGUCUCUCUCUCUCGUGUAUUAUUCGUCGAGCGGCCCAGCCACAGCCGUUGUUCCAGCCGGGACGACAGCAGCUGCAAGGAUGGAGAGGCAUCGGGUGUGACUGUGCGCGGAUACGUAGGGACACACAUGUACGCGUCUAUCCAUGAAUGAUGUAUAUAUAUAUACAUAUACGAACGGACCAAGUAUAAAAGUAGGGGCGCACGCUUGCGCAGCCGUUCAACGGGAGGGUGGCGUCGGCUAGCUGUACGGAGCGGGCUCGAGCGUCAAACGCGCACACCAGGAGGAGGGUGCAGGCCACGGGCAGCAGUAGUAUUAGUCGAGUCGAGCCCCUGUCCCCGCGGGAGCGAUUCAUUGCGAGAGGGGAGGGCCCACGGCCAUGCCAGCCUUGCUGGUUGUUGUUGGAUCAUCGGGAGCUACGAGCUCGGCGGCUGGAUCACCGGGACCGGCCAGGAGCACCGGAGUCCCGAGCUAUGCCCCCGUUGUCCCCUCGACCCGUCAACGAGGAGGAUGAGGCUACCCGCGACCCCCCUUUUGCCAAUUGCCGUCGCACCCGGGCUUCUUACGGUCACGCCGACCAACCCUCGACCGACACGGAAAGGAAGCACCACCAAUGGAAGUGUAACCGCUCGCCGACACGAGGAAGCAUCUUAAGUGGUGGUUGUGGUGGUGGUGGUAGUGAUAGGCGAGCGCUUGGCUCACCACCAGCUGUUUUUGUUUUUGUCGUUGCCGAGUGGGUGCCAGAGGUCCUGCUCCUCGCGAUGUCGUUGCCCGUGUUGCCCUCGUCCGGCCGCCACUCGGGAAUCACGUAGUGCCACCCUUGCCGGCCACGCUACCAACAACAACAACAACAACAACAGCUCCUUCCGUUCGUACCCUGUUCCUUUGCUCAUAAAACGUAGCCCCUUCCUCUUUCAUUUCCUCGUUGGUAUACGUAAAUACACAGCACGCGUAUACUGGUGACAACGGCACCGCUACGGAGGACCGAAUAAUCCAAAGGGGACGGCGAUGAGCGAUGAGGAUCGCGGGUCAGUUGCCAUCAGCCUCGGCAGUAGUGGCGCCGGCCCGUUACGGGCUCUCUUGUUCGUUAUCUUGCUACUGGAGCCCCCGUUGAGGCUACCCGCGGCCUCAAAGUGAGGAUCUGGCGCAGGUGUCACAACCCCAGCCGGAGCACAAGUAGCAGCAGCAGCAGCAGCAGCAGCAGCAGCAGCAGUAACAGUAGCAGCGGUGCGGUAGCGACCGGGGGAGGUACGGGCGGCGCUGGAGCAGGAGCAACAACAGCAGCAGCAGCAGCAGUUGCCACCGCCGCUGCUGCUGCACCGCCAUCAUCGACAUCGCCGUCGUCGUCGUCGUCGUCGUCGUCGAUGAUGUCGUCUUCGUCAACCUGCGCUGGCUCCGCUGGUCCUCCUCCUUCUUCUUCGGUUGUUGUUGUUGUUCCUAGUGCUGGUAGUGGAAAUAUUGGUGCUGGUGGUAGUGCUCAAGAGGGAGCCUCGACGACGACGACGACGACGACGACGACGACAAGCGCCACGGCUGCGGUGGCUGGCCUUGUGGGUCCCGGCUACGGUCACACCCUCGCCAGAAAGACCUUCCACAAGCCGACCUACUGCCACAGCUGCACCGACAUGCUCUGGGGCAUACUGCAACAGGGCUACAUAUGCGAGGUUUGCAACUUUGUGGUGCACGAGCGCUGCGUGAAAAGCCUCGCCUCGCCCUGCUCCAGCAUAGCGGCGAACCUCAUUAAGAACCCAGUGGCGCACUGUUGGUCCGAGCCGGUGCAUCACAGAAAGAAAUUCUGCAAUGUCUGUCGGAAGAAACUCGACGAUGGCCUCUCCGUACAUUGUGAAAUAUGCGAGUACUUUGUCCACAUGGAGUGCCAGGACUUUGCGGUGGCGGACUGCAAGGAGAACGCGACGUACCUGCCGGGAAAGGAGCUCGCGUCGGUGAGGCACACGCACCACUGGCGCGAGGGUAAUCUGCCCACCACCUCGAAAUGCGUCGUUUGCAAGAAAAACUGCUUUUCCGCCGAGUGCCUCGCCGGGUACCGCUGCGAGUGGUGCGGCAUGACGGCACACGCUCCCUGCAGCAGGGAGAUACCGGCAGAGUGCACCUUCGGGAUGCUCGAGCCGAUCUACCUGCCGCCCCACGCGGUCAGUAUUCCGCGCACCGAAGUGCCCAUGGAGGCCAUCAUCGGGGUACAAGUGCGCCGAAAAGAAGUCACAGCGCAAAACAGUGAAACGGCGAACGGCACCGAGCAGUUAGAUUUUGCCGAGGGCGAGGGCCAGGCCGAGCUGCACGACGGUACUCGAACGGUACGCAGACUGGCCGCGGCCCUGAGGUGGCUCUCUCUAGUUUUUCCAAGUAGCUGCCAUGGAAAUUGCCACGCUUCCCCUCCCUACGUUCAAGCGCGGAGCAUCUCCGAGGAGUUUAGCAGCGGAGACACGCGCGUCCCCCGGGACUGCGACGAGACAGUUGGCCUGUCGGCGGGCGGCUCAUCCCACCACGGACGGGAGGCACGCUCCGGCAAGGAGGACAAGGAACGCGGCGACGAAGAAACGAUAAAGGUGUACGACGGCAACAAUUCGGUGCGGCAUCGGUUGUUCCGAGUUAUCAGCGUACCCAGACAGGCGACGACCGCGCAAAUCCUGACGCUGGCUCUUCAAGCAUUCCACAUAACCAGAGACUCGAGCAAUUUCUACCUGACGGACCUGUACACGGGCGAGGAGACGCCGCUAACCGAUCCCGCGCCCAUCCUCGGCUUGACUCGCAAGGAGGGCAAACGCCCCGCUGUGUUUCUUCGGUUCAAGGACGUGGAGUACAGCGAGGUACGCGUGUACCCGGGGAAGCUGCAGGUGUCGGAUGCCUACUGCACGGUGCCCGUGACGGAACCGACCACGGUCGCCGACAUCAUCAAGGAGGCGAUCCAUCACUUUAGACUCGAGAACGACAACAGCGAGGACUACCGCUGCAGCGAGAUCCUCUUGGAUCGCGGAGUGACGGAACGAGUGUUGGAGCUGGAGGACAAGCCCCUCGAGAUAGUGAAGCACCUGGGGAGGGACUCGAUCAGGCAGAUGGAGCUGAUGCGUUUCUACCUGCAGCUAAAGCAGGACCCGCACGGGCCGAACCUGGCCCUGUUCGUGGGCAACCUGCCGCCAAAUCUCUCGGAGCGCAUGUACGAGAACAUGCUCAUGGACUUUCUCGGCAAGGAGAACAAGUUCUCCUCGAUCGGGCCGAUAUACUACGAGUACGGCUCGAUGGUCAUUACUUACGAGGACUCGGACACCGCGGUACGGGCCCUGUACACCCUCAGGGAGUCCAAGUACGAGGAAAAGUACCUGCUGGUCAUGUUGUUGCCGAGCAUCGAGCCGAGCAUGGUGCCGGCCAACGUACAGCCCCUACUUGUUUUCGUGAACGUCAAGUCCGGUGGCUGCCAGGGCCUCGACCUCAUAUCCAACUUUCGCAAGCUCCUCAACCCCUACCAGGUCUUUGAUCUCGACAACGGGGGUCCCCUCCCCGGAUUGUACGUGUUCCGGCACAUUGAGAACUACAAGAUCCUGGUGUGCGGGGGCGACGGCACGGUCGGUUGGGUGUUGCAGUGUUUGGACAACGUAGGCCAGGACAGCGAGUGCUCCUCGCCGGCGUGCGCCAUAGUGCCCCUGGGCACCGGCAACGACCUUGCCCGGGUGCUAAGGUGGGGUUCCGGCUACACCGGGGGCGAGGACCCCCUCAACUUGCUUCGCGACGUCAUUGACGCCGAAAAGAUACGGCUCGAUCGUUGGACCGUGGUCUUUCAUCCCGAGGAGAAGGAGAAGGACAAAGAGGAGAACCCCGUGCCGCGACCCAUUCCCAACAACGCGGUUACCGGGAUGACGAGCGAGGACAACACGCAGAUAUUCGUGAUGAACAAUUACUUCGGCAUCGGUCUGGACGCUGCCCUCUGCUUGGACUUUCACAACGCCCGCGAGGAGAAUCCCAACAAAUUCAACAGCCGGCUGCACAACAAGAGCGUCUACGUCAAAAUGGGCCUGAAAAAGAUGGUCGGGCGCAAGCCCUGCAAGGAUCUCCAUCGAGAAAUCAGGCUCGAGGUCGACGGCAAGGUCGUUGAUUUGCCCCAAGUCGAGGGCAUCAUUAUUCUCAAUAUUUUGAGCUGGGGUUCCGGCGCGAAUCCAUGGGGUCCCGACAAAGAAGACCAGUUCAACAAACCAAACCACUGGGACGGAAUCCUCGAAGUCGUGGGUGUCACUGGUGUCAUGCAUCUCGGCCAAAUACAGUCUGGUCUUCGCAACGGCAUGCGGAUAGCACAGGGCGGACACAUAAAAAUCCACUUGCACUCGGACAUCCCAGUACAAGUUGAUGGAGAGCCGUGGCUCCAAAGUCCUGGUGACGUCGUUGUGCUUAGAUCCGCACUAAAGGCAACCAUGUUGAAGAAAAAUAAGGUCAAGCGGCGAAAUACCGAGCCGGCAAUCUUACCUGCUAACGGGGAGGGGGUCAAGAGCACAAACGAGUAAAAACACAAAAAAAAAAACCAACAACAACCACUCCCUUCUCGGCCUCCUUCUUCCUCGUUUUGCUAAACUAUAGCAAUUUAGUGAUGUUAGCGGCUUUAUCGAUCGAUCUUGUGGGUUAAACAAACAAUAAUGAUACAAACAAACACACUCGCGCACACUCAUCACAUCUCACGUACACGGAGCACGAUUAUAAAUUGUAUUAUGAUAAUGUCGCAGUGACGCGGCUAACGCGUCGAAGAGAGUAAAGUUCGCUUGCAUAAGUAAGUUCAAGAAGGUGUGUACAAAGGGUAUAGAGAUAAAAAUGUACAGAAAUACUUAUACGCAGCGUGUAAACAAUGCCAAGGACGAUUAUACUCCAAACGAAAUAUUUUUGUUGAUCAAUUUACUUUACCCAGAGUACAAAAUAAUUAUGCAGGUAUAUACGUAUACAUUUAUGAUAAUGAUAAAGACGAGCUCUCUGUCGUGCAUGCGUAAGAUUUAUUGCGGCAUUGUUUGUUUUUUCCCACAAAGUGCUGUGAAUAAUCUAAAGAAAUAUAUUUACGUAAACUUUAAUCUCCAAAUAUUUCGUGUCUCGGUUUUUUUUUUUUUUUUUUUUUUUUUCCUCGUGUGUGUACGUAUGUGCUUUAUCGCAAAAAUUUUCUCUCGAUUCUCAACAAUCAGUUGCAUCACGUCGGAAAUAACUUGGGCCAAUAACACAUGACUGAAUGUACCAGCUACUGAUGUAUAUAUAACAAAUACCAUUACCAUUGUCAUUUUUCUUUGUAAUUUCGGGCAGAUGGAAAAUAAUCGAUUGCAACCGUCAUUUGUACAGCGAUAAAUAAUGAUAAAAGAUUUCCUUCUAGUUUAGAGCCCAGUAAGUAGACCAUAUUCUUAUGAGUCGUGCAUUAGGUAUGCAUACACGCAUUAGAGUAAUUUUACAAAUUAUAGAUAUAUACUUACCUUAUUUUUUUGACAAUCAAAAAACAUUAUUUUUGCUGAGACAUUUUUACGAAAUGUGUAAUUAAAACGGACGUCGUUGAUUAGCAUCAUUCCUGCGGAGUGUCUCAUAAUAGAGAAGUCGACUAUGUUCAUUAAAAUGCGGGAAUGUAUGGUGUGUUCUUAAAGUGUUAUAUUUUUCUAUGGAAAUUCUCGUCAAUAAACUAAAUAAUUAUGAAUAUUUUGAUUGGAAUCUCGAAAAAAAAAAAAAAAAAAAAAAAUGGUAAAUAAAUCGUUUGCUUUUUACGUAGUAGUCCAAAUGCAGUAGAUCACACAAAUUGAUGGAUAACUUAAAGCAAAAUAAGUACGUAUGGAGACGCAAUACUUUAAACGUCGCUUGUCACGUGAAUCCCUCGACAGAACGAAAAAGAAAGUAGCUUCGCAUACUUAGUUUGAUUAAAUAGGCAAGCCAUUGAUGGCUUCACAACGUAGAGUCGCUGCAUCUUCGCUAUAAAUUUUUUUUUUUUUUUUUUUCUUCCACGCAGAACUGAGACGAAAAAAUAAGCGCCACGUACUGUGCAUUUCACACUUCUGUCAUCCGUACACGCGUUACACGCAUAUUAGGCGUUUCUACUCGCUUCUUCAAUCUUUUUUUUUUUUUUCUCACCGUAUAAUUACCACGCUCUUCGACUUUUUUUCAACUAAUUCGCCCACUCUGAUCAUCAGUUUGGAGUCUCCCUUCACGAGCACACGUCAUGGCAAGUACGAACGCACGACACGAAAGAUAAGCCCCGAAACUCCUCACCCACGAUCCUCACCCCGCCGAUUUGAUGCUUCUCUCCUUACAACACGUAUUUCUAGAUUUCUGCUGCUUUUGCUUCGUAUGUAUAUAUGUAUAUCUACGUAGGAGAAGACCUGAUUUGCGCCUCAGUAGAUGACCAUCGAUUCUGUGUUAUGUGUAUUUUUACAAACUUGCACCAUUUUUUACACUUGUAAGUAUAUAAUAUACACACAUAAGAACUUGUUGUCAUCCAGCUAUAUGAGUAGGUACUUUUUUAUAAUGCAACCUUAUACACCUUUUUAUCUGUAUCAAGUUAACAAUGUGUACAUUUGUAUUCAUAUUUUUUUUUGUGUACACACGAAAUUUUGCGCUUUUUUUUUAUUUGCUACAGCCAAAGUUUGAGAAUAAUUAUUGUACUUUAGAUUUCUUACGAGCUAUCCUGGUAGGUAACUCUCAAGUAUUUUAUCAAUUGCGCAUUCACACGCAAAAGUAUAAACAUACGCACUGCGUCUUUAUGGAUAGUUGCCGCAUGUCCUUGAGCGCGUCAGCCUCUUCCGAAACUCCAGCGCAAAUCUUGUACAAAUCUACUGGUACAAGGCUGUAAGAUGGAUU